AUGGGUGUUGACCCUCUGUCCCCAAUUGCGCCCGUGCGCCUCAGGGCCCUUCUUCUCCCCAUUGGAAGAAUCAAGCGCUCGCGCUUUUUGAGCUUCGCUGCGCGACUACAAGCGGAAAAUGUGGUUCGACUAGGGGAUAUAAGCCCCGAUGCGCGGCCAAACAGAAAUAUGUUCUCGCCGCUAGCAUUUCCUACUGGCUUGAUUCUUUACGAUCUAUCCUUCUCGGUCCCCCCAACCUCGCACCUCGAAUUAUUCCCUUUUGAGAUCUAUAGAGAGCCGUUGGUGAUCAUUGCAAUCGCAGAUGGUAACGAAAUGCCUGAAAGUACCGGCGAAAACCAGAAGCAUCCAACCCCGGAGGGUCUCAAUCAACUAUUGGAGGAGCUCAAUGGGGUGAAGGAAAGGAACCCCCGCGCUUUGGUGAACCAACUCGUGGUAUUUGACCACCCAGGGCUAGACAAGAUCACAAAUGGACCUGACAAUGUUCUAUGGGUGCCUCCGCCGCAAGCUUCCAAAGCGACUACGAUGAAAACAGUUUUAUGUGAUAUCACGGCGGUUUUGCUUUCUGAAUUGGAUGGGUUUGCAAAAACCAUUCAAAGCAUUCCAUCAAUCGAAUCACCCAAGGCCUCAUCUUGGGGCCCGCACCGCAAUCCUGAAUUGCGGCCACGGCCAGUGGAUCGGCUUCUAAAUCGCAUGACUCUCCCCGCUCAGCUACCAUCGAGUCCAAACGGUACUCAGGAUGGCACUCCAUUGACCUCUAAUGCCAGCUCUCCGGCUCCUAGUGAUCAUGAGACUCCUACGACUUUUGAUGAGAUUACCCGGGCAAUCCACCUGUCCAGUCGUACAAACUCAGGCAGCAAAGCACCUUCAAUAGCAUCCUCCAAAGAACAUAGCCGUGACCGAAUGUCUGUAAGCGGCAUGAGUGCUACAGAUAGAACCAAAAAUCGGAUCAAAGGUCGUGCCGGCGUGGUCAUUGGGACUCUUUUCCUGCAGGCAGGAAGGUGGCCCGAUGCCCUUAAGGAGUUAACCGAAGCGGCGAACAAUGCCCGAGCUAGCAGUGACUACAUAUGGCAUGCUAAAGCUCUUGAGACAAUUCUUCUUUGCCUGCUGAUGUUUGGAUGGGCAGGCAUGGACUUCCAGAUUCCAUCAGUCCUGUACCCUGCGGUGGACAAAUCUUCCAAACCUUCCCGGGACUCAAUGACCCCUAGUAGCGCCGGCAAUAGGGUGAUCUCUCUGCACAAUCUAGCCAAUCUCUUGCCUGAUCUCUCAAACAACAUUUUGAAUCUGUAUACCCGCGCCGCCAAUAUCACAGAUGAACCUCUUCCUCAGUUAGUGUUCUCGGAGACAGUCAUUCGACUAGCAAGAUUGAUGGUGUCAGCUCGCGUCCGUGACGGUGCUUUGGAUGACAAUGCUUUGAAACACAUCGUUAUGAAUGAAACCCUGAUUCCACUGAUGCAACCGGAACUUCCUCGGGGCACUGUUUUGCUCCGAAAGUCCGAAAUCGCCAACUUCCUAUACCGGGCACUGCCACUUUCUCCUGGUGCAGACCUACCAGCAACUGAUGCUGUUCCCAUCAUUGUUGGCGUUGUGGCCGUUCUUAAUAUCCUUGACCUACCCAGAAAGAAGGCAUUCAUUCUGCGUGAGCUUCUCACUGUUAUGGUACCAAGUCUAGUCCAGGCACGCAAGAUUGGCGCUGCAGAGGUGGGUAUCCAUCCCGCUGCUGGCCUGGCGUCUCUCAGCGACACUGCAUUCGAUGUUAAUGCUUUAGACACGGGUUCCGGAAACAUGGAGUCUAGUGUGCGGCUUCUUCUUGCGACAAUUGGAGAAAUUUAUGGUGUCCAACCAUCAUCUUUCUAUGAAUGGGAGAAGAGACAAAGCCAGUCAUCUGCCGUGAGUGGACUUGAGCAGAACACUGAAUAUGACUCGGUUGUGAGUAUUGCCGAGCGGGCAUUCCGACAUGUAGUUCUGGAUCGUUACGGUGAUUUGAACUUGAAAAUCGACGUUUUGAAAGCGUGCAUCAAUUGCUGCGAAGCCCUUCCAGACUUCAACGGGGUUUUACGUUUCACGGUUGAGCUUUUGCAAACCAUUCGAGGAGAUAUGAUGCUUGGUGCGGCAUACAGGUCCCCACCAUAUCUACCACAAGAUGAACAAAUACGUCUGUUGAACAACAUUAAGCGCACUGUGGGUGCAGGAACUAGACUAGGUGUCUCUGAUAUGGUCGCAGAGUACUGGGACGACUUCCUAGUGCGUGAUGUCCAGUUAUUGUCACUGCCGGACCCUAAAAAGCCUGUUCGGCGGUCUAAAACAGAAUUGGAUGCGGUAACCACGAGCUCCGACAAGUUGAAAAAGGAUCCAUUCCUAUACAAUCCAUUUGCCAAGCCUAACAGCAAGGCACUGGAAAUGCUCGCUGUGGCCGAUGAACCUGCGUCUUUCCAAGUAACUCUUCAGAACCCUUACGAGUUUGAGAUUGAGAUCGAACACCUGCGCCUAGAGAGCAGUGGCGUGUCAUUUGAUGCAGUGGCAGAGAACAUCGUCAUCGCUCCCCUCUCAAUUCAAGGUGUCAUCGUACUCGGAGUUGCCCAUGGAGAGGGCAGCCUUCAAAUCACAGGAUGUAUUGUGAAAGUCCGACACUGUCGAAUGCGCAGAUUCCCCAUCUUCAAAACAUUUUGGAAGCCGGAACCCGAGGUCAAGUUCAAACGAACAGGCCUAGGGGCAAAGAAGCCUCUUACCGAGCGCCCUGUCUCCUGGAGCUCGACGACCUCAAAAGACGGCAAAGUGGAUGCCAAAAAGGGCCCUGAGACCUCAACUUGCGAGGUUAAAGUCAUCGCCAAACAACCGUCCCUUGUGAUUGAGUCCAUGUCUCUAUCACAGUCGGCGAUGAUGGUCCUUGAAGGUGAGGUCAAAACUUUUAACAUUACACUCCAAAAUGCCUCUCCAUGUCCCGUGGACUUCGUCCUAUUCACUUUCCAAGACUCCACUACCAAGCAACUACAAUCUGCACUCAGCAACAAAGAUCUAUUAGCCGUCGAAAUCUACGAGCUGGAGCUCAAAUUAGCUACCAAGCCCGCUCUGCGGUGGCGCCGAGACGGGCACGAUCCCAGCGAUUGUUCGAUUGGAGCCGGCCAAAAGGCAAACUUUACUCUUGAUAUUAUCGGGAAGCCCGGCUUGCAGGACACAACUGUGCAGAUCGACUACUCCUGCGUUGGCGCUGCCCCAGGUGAAUUACCCGAUAUCUUCUAUACUCGACAACUAUUUGUGCCAUUGACGGUCACCGUGAAUGCGAGCGUGGAGGUCGCUCGCUGUGAAAUUCUUCCAUUCAGCGGCGACUUUGCUUGGAAAAACCAUAUUGAACCAUCCGUCGAGUCGCUACAAAAGCCAGAUGCGUUGCUCUCCGCUACUGAGAACGAUCCAUUCUCGCAGGUCCUCGCCCGUCUCGGCAACGGGGCUUAUGGGCCCGACCAUUGUGUCGUGCUGCUCGACUUGCGCAACGCAUGGCCAAGUCCUCUAUCGGUAUGGCUCCAUGUUAGCGAACAGUCAAUGGCAGGCCCCUCGUCACAGACGCCAACCAAGGAUGACUCUGAGGGCAAGUACUCUGUUGAUGGAGAGCUCCAACCCGGUCAGGUCUGUCGUUUUGUCCUGGUUUUGCCCCGCGUCUACUUAGACAACCCCCAUGCCUCUAUACCCGUCAUCAACACUGGCACUCGGAGACAAUUCGUCGUCAGCGCCAACAAACUGUCCUUUGAAGCCGAGGCAGCCUCGCGCGAAGCUUUCUGGUUCCGGGAGGAGCUUCUCAAGAGAGUUCUUGGAGGUUGGAAGGAAACCGCCACAGGCCGUGAGGGAUCCAUUGACCUUCGAAAUAUCCGACUGAACAACCGUAUGGUUGAAGCCAUGCGUCUUGAGGAUAUCGAAAUGACAUAUUCUCUCACCUCGCCAUCAUCUCCAUCCGAGACCUCCCCGGCAGUAGAACAGACUGGCCGCUCACGCUUCCGCGUCAAGACAGACGACCUCCUUACUUUACAUGUCACUGUCCACAACCGUUCCUCCCGCCCCAUUCAUCCCCUUCUCCGACUCCAACCCAGCCUUCGGCAUCAACCAAACAAUGUCGCCCUUGAUUUAACCCGUCGCCUUGUCUGGACGGGAAUGCUACAACAAGCGCUGCCCAUCCUACCAAGUGGCGAAUCCAAAACCGCCUCCAUCGGCGUCACGGUUCUUUGUCGUGGCGAAUACGAGUUUGGCGCAAGUGUAGAGGAAGCUCGCCUGCUGCGUCCAUCUUUUCCCGAUGAUAGUGCAUCCUCUGAUAAGUCUGAUCCUCGCCGCUACAACGAUGACGGUAUCAUGGAUACGUUUGGCACUGAUGUGGUGCGGCGACGACGAAUUUGGCAUGCGAAAGAGUUGUGUGUUAUUCAUGCCACCGACUCAUGA